AUGUCAAGGGCGGGUGUGACGGGGGCUAAUCAACGGCCGCAUGGUGAUUCGUAUGGGUUAAAUUUCACGCGAGGUGGUGGAAGCGAGCUCGGCUGUCAGGAUGUGUAUCUUUGCGACUAUUAUGUUGGUAGUGCCUGCCUGCACUUUGCUGCUACUGGCGUGUCUUGUGUAUUGCUGCCUGGACGAGCAUUCGCAGGGUCGGUAAGGUUACUACAGAAGUAUUAA